AUGUUUGCACAGCUCAGCAUCAGUGAUGAUGAAAGCUUAUUGGCUAAAUUAAGAAUCAAACAGGUGAUGAUUGAUCAGGUCAAGUCAGCACAGUUAGAAAACGAUAAGUUGAUGAAGAAGAAAAAAAUGGUUCAAAAUGGUACGUCAGAUAAUUUCAGCAUUGAUGGUUAUGGUUGCUUGAGAUUUCAUAAUCGGAUUUGUGUUCCGAAUGUUUCUGAAUUAAAGGAGUUAAUACUUCGAGAAGCACAUGACAGCCCUUUUACAUUGCAUCUAGGAGGAAUGAAAAUGUACUGUAAUCUACAAAAAUCUUAUUGGUGGCCAGAGCAUCAGGCUCCUACUGGACUACUUCAACUUAUUAACAUUCCUGAGAGGAAAUGGGAAUGUAUUACGAUGGAUUUUGUAACGAGGUUACCAUUUUUGGUAACUAAGAAAAAUGUCAUUUAG